AGCUUGCUAGAGUUAAGAUGGCGGCAUGUGGGUGAGGAGGCUGGGAUCUAAACUCGAGGUUUUUCGCCAUUAAACGAUUCCUAUGAAUCCACAUAUAAACAGUAAUCGAUAGAACAACAAUUUCUACAUCUUUCACACGCCUGUGUGUGAUUUUGGAUUGACCCCAUGACAUCUAUUCACUUCGUGGUUCACCCGUUGCCCGGGACUGAGGAUCAGCUCAAUGACAGGCUCCGUGAAGUCUCAGAGAAGCUCAACAAAUACAGCUUCAACAGUCAUCCACACCUUAGUCUGCUGGAGCAGGCGACCCUAAAGCAGUGUGUUGUCGGUCCAAACCAUGCCGGAUUCCUGCUUGAGGAUGGACGCGUGUGCAGAAUCAGCUUUGCUGUCCAGCCUGAUCGCCUGGAGCUCAGCAAACCGGACGGCAACGAGGGUUCAAAGUUGAGCAGUGGUUCAGGGACAGGAAGGAGCUCCAGGCCAGGCAGGACUAGUGAUCCGCCCUGGUUCCUGUCUGGCUCUGACACACUGGGCAGACUGGCAGGCAACACCCUUGGGAGUCGCUGGAGCUCUGGCGUUAAUGGAGGCAGCGGAGGAGGUGGAAGUGGAGGAGGAACAGGGGGAGGCGGAGCUGGCGGUGGCAGCAGUGGAGGGGGAGGGAGCGGAGGAGGAAGCGGGGGCGGAGGCACGUCAGGCAGGUCGUCAACAGCAGCUCGUGAUUCCCGCCGACAGACCCGGGUGAUCCGUACAGGAAGGGAUCGUGGCUCUGGCCUGCUGGGUAGCCAGCCUCAGCCGGUCAUACCAGCCUCUGUCAUCCCUGAAGAACUCAUUACUCAGGCCCAGGUAGUCCUUCAGGGGAAAUCCAGGAGUGUGAUCAUUCGCGAACUCCAGAGGACCAACCUUGACGUCAACCUCGCCGUCAACAACCUGCUGAGCCGGGAUGAUGAAGAUGGAGAUGAUGGAGAUGACACUGCCAGCGAGUCCUACCUCCCUGGAGAGGACCUGAUGUCCCUGUUGGAUGCAGACAUCCACUCUGCUCAUCCCAGUGUGAUUAUUGACGCUGACGCCAUGUUCUCUGAGGACAUCAGCUACUUUGGAUACCCCUCUUUCAGACGCUCCUCACUGUCUCGCCUGGGAUCCUCCAGAGUUCUCCUUCUCCCCUUAGAGCGUGACUCAGAGCUGUUGCGUGAGCGCGAGUCCGUGCUGAGGUUACGCGAGCGCCGGUGGCUGGAUGGGGCCUCCUUUGACACGGAGCGAGGCUCCACCAGCCGCGAGGGUGAGCCCAGCCUGGACAAGAAGAGCAUCCCGGUCCAGAGCCCUGUCUCCUUGGGAGAGGAGCUCCAGUGGUGGCCUGACAAGGAUGGUGUGAAGUUUGUGAGCAUUGGAGCCAUGUUCACAGAGCUGGUGGCUGUCAGCUCCAAAGGAGAGCUGUAUCAGUGGAAGUGGAGCGAACCUGAACCCUACAGGAGUGCACAGAAUCCUUCCGUUCAUCACCCGCGUGUAUCCUUCCUGGGUCUGGCCAAUGAGAAGAUCACCUUAUUGUCUGCCAAUAGCAUCAGGGCAACUGUCGCUACAGACACCAACAAGGUGGCGACCUGGGUGGACGACACGCUGAGCACCGUGGCGUCUAAGCUGGAACACAGUGCUCAGGCUUUCCCCGAGUUGCAGGGAGAACGCAUGGUGUCUCUGCACUGCUGUGCGCUCUACACCUGUGUACAGCUGGAGAAUAGCCUCUACUGGUGGGGUGUUGUGCCUUUUAGUCAACGGAAGAAAAUGCUUGAAAAGGCCAGAGCCAAGAACAAAAAGCCAAAAUCCAGUGCUGGCAUCUCGUCAAUACCAAACAUCACCGUGGGAACGCAGGUGUGCUUGAGGAAUAACCCCCUCUACCACGCCGGAGCAGUGGCCUUCUCUGUCAGUGCUGGGAUUCCUAAAGUGGGCGUCCUGUUGGAGUCUGUGUGGAACAUGAAUGACAGUUGCAGAUUCCAGCUGCGCUCACCAGAGAGCCUCAAGAACUUGGAAAAAACAACUAAGAUCCUUGAAAUCAAGACUGAAAGCAAGCCGGAGCUGGUGAAGACUGAAAUGGGACCCCCUCCCUCUCCAGCGUCCACCUGCAGUGAUACCUCUUCUAUUGCUAGCAGUGCCUCACUGCCCUACAAGCGAAGGCGUUCUACCCCAGCUCCCAAAGAGGAAGAGAAGGUGAACGAGGAGCAGUGGCCUCUCAGGGAGGUGGUGUUUGUGGAGGACGUCAAAAAUGUCCCCGUUGGGAAGGUGCUCAAAGUGGACGGCGCGUAUGUUGCUGUGAGGUUUCCAGGAACAUCGAGCAGCAUGAGCAACCAGAGCACUGCUGCUCCCACUGACUCCGACCCUUCAUCCCUGCUGCAGGACUGUCGGCUCCUCAGAAUAGACGAGCUGCAGGUGGUCAAAACUGGCGGGACUCCUAAAGUUCCUGACUGUUUUCAGCGCACACCUAAAAAGCUCUGCAUCCCAGAAAAGGCAGAGAUUCUGGCUGUGAAUGUUGACUCCAAAGGAGUCCACGCCGUGCUGAAAACUGGUAGCUGGGUUCGGUACUGUAUCUUUGACCUGGCCACGGGCAAAGCUGAACAGGAGAAUAACUUCCCCACAAGUAACCUGGCCUUCCUGGGUCAGAGUGAGCGCAAUGUGGCUAUCUUCACCGCAGGACAGGAAUCUCCCAUCAUCCUCCGAGAUGGAAAUGGCACAAUCUACCCAAUGGCCAAGGACUGCAUGGGUGGAAUUCGAGAUCCUGAUUGGUUGGACUUGCCACCUAUAAACAGCCUGGGAAUGGGGGUGCACUCUCUGGCCAACCUUCCCUCUAACUCCACAAUCAAAAAGAAAGCUGCUAUUAUUAUUAUGGCUGUCGAGAAACAGACGCUGAUGCAGCAUGUGCUUCGCUGUGACUACGAGGCCUGCCGGCAGUACCUGGUGAACCUGGAGCAGGCCUUCCUGUUGGAUCAGGCCAGCCAGGCCCUCGGAGCACUUCUGGAUCAUCGCUGUGAUGGAAACCGCAACAUCCUCCAUGCCGCCGUCUCUGUCUGUUUCCCUGUUAGCAACAAGGAGACCAAAGAGGAGGAAGAAGCUGAAAGGUCGGAGAGAAACACAUUUGCAGAGCGUCUUUCCGCUGUGGAGGCAAUUGCCAAUGCCAUCUCUGUGGUUUCAAGCAACAGUUCUGGGAAUAGGACUGGCUCCUCCAGCAGCAGAGGGCUUCGUCUGAGGGAGAUGAUGCGGAGGUCUCUGAGAGCAGCAGGUCUCGGCCGCCAUGAGUCUGGCCCGUCAUCCAGCGACCACCAGGACCCUGUGUCACCACCUAUUGCCCCACCAAGUUGGGUCCCUGACCCGCCACCCAUGGACCCUGAUGGUGACAUUGACUUCAUUCUUGCCCCAGCUGUGGGUUCACUCACCACUGCUUCCACUGGUACCAGCCAGGGGCCCAGCACCUCCACCAUCCCAGGGCCGUCCACUGAGCCCUCUGUGGUGGAGUCUAAAGACAGGAAGGCCAACGCCCAUCUCAUCCUAAAGCUGAUGUGUGACAGUGUUGUUCUGAGGCCACACCUACGGGAGCUAUUAUCUGCCAAGGAUGCCCGUGGAAUGACUCCAUUCAUGCUGGCAGUUAGUGGGAGAGCCUACCCAGCAGCCAUCACUGUGCUGGAGGCUGCUCAGAAAAUGGCCAAGGUGGGGGACCCAGGCAUUGCAGAGAAGGAGGAUGCUGAUUCUGUGUUCAUGGAAAUGAUCUGCCCCUCGGGGACCAACCCAGAUGACUCCCCCCUCUAUGUUCUCUGCUGCAAUGACACCUGCAGUUUCACUUGGACCGGAGCAGAGCACAUUAACCAGGAUAUCUUUGAGUGUCGCACCUGUGGUUUGCUCGAGUCUCUCUGCUGCUGCACCGAGUGUGCAAGGGUGUGCCACAAAGGGCACGACUGCAAGCUGAAGAGGACCUCUCCCACAGCUUACUGUGACUGCUGGGAGAAAUGUAAAUGUAAAACGCUGAUAGCCGGCCAGAAGGCUGCUCGCCUGGAUCUGCUGUACAGGUUACUCACAACAACUAACCUGGUCACCACACCAAACAGCAGGGGAGAGCAUAUAUUACUGUUCCUGGUGCAGACUGUGGCGAGGCAGAGUGUGGAGCACUGUCAGUACAGACCACCACGCAUCAGAGAGGACCGCAACCGCAAGGCUGCUAAUGCAGAAGACACUGAUAUGCCAGACCAUGACCUGGAACCUCCCCGCUUCGCUCAGCUGGCUCUGGAAAGAGUCCUGCAGGAUUGGAACGCCCUCAAGUCUAUGAUCAUGUUCGGCUCUCAGGAGAAUAAAGACCCACUUAGUGCCAGCAGCAGAAUUGCUCACCUCCUGCCUGAGGAACAGGUCUACUUGAAUCAGCAGAGUGGCACCAUUCGUCUAGACUGUUUCACCCACUGCCUCAUCGUCAAGUGUGCUCCUGACAUCACCUUCAUAGACACCUUACUGGGCACUCUGGUGAAGGAGCUGCAGAACAAGUACACUCCAGGCCGGAGAGAGGAGGCCGUCAAUGUCACCAGGAGGUUCCUCCGCUCUGUGGCCCGAGUGUUUGUCAUCCUCAGCGUGGAGAUGGCCUCAUCCAAGAAGAAAAACAAUUUCAUCCCCCAGCCCAUUGGGAAAUGUAGACGAGUUUUCCAAGCCCUGCUGCCCUACGCAGUGGAGGAGCUGUGCAACGUGGCAGAGUCGCUGAUUGUUCCCGUGCGAAUGGGCAUAGCAAGACCUACGGCUCCGUUCACUUUGGCCAGCACCAGCAUCGAUGCUGUUCAGGGCAGCGAGGAGCUCUUUUCUGUGGAACCGCUGCCCCCCAGACCCUCGCCCGACCAGUCCAGCAGCUCCAGUCAGACAGCUGCCUCUUAUAUCAUCAGGAACCCCCAGCCUCGGCGCAGCAGCCAGUCUCAGCCUGUCCGAGGACGAGACGAGGAGCAGGACGACAUCGUAUCAGCAGAUGUGGAAGAGGUUGAAGUUGUAGAGGGAGUAGCCGGUGAGGAAGACCAUCAUGACGACCAAGAGGAGCAGGGAGAGGAAAACGCUGAGGCAGAAGGGCAGCAUGAUGAGCACGACGAAGAUGGAAGUGACAUGGAGCUGGAUCUUCUGGCAGCAGCUGAAACAGAGAGCGACAGUGAGAGUAAUCACAGCAACCAGGAUAAUGCUAGCGGGCGCAGGAGCGUCGUCACAGCGGCCACUGCCGGCUCUGAAGCAGGCAGUAGGGUGUCCUUGGCAUUUCCUAUUUUUGGCGCCAGCAGUGUCCCUGCGUUCUUUUCAGAGGACGACUCCCAGUCCAACGACUCCAGUGACUCGGACAGCAGCAGCAGUCAGAGCGACGACGUGGACCAGGAGACGUUCUUAUUGGACGAGCCGCUUGAAAGGACAACUAGUGCUUCCCACGCCAACAGUGCAGCCCAGGCUCCCCGCUCCAUGCAGUGGGCUGUCAGAAACACCCCCAGCCAGAGGGCCACCGGCAGCGCCCCCUCCAGCUCCUCAACACCAGCUGCGAGCUCCACAGGCCUCAUAUAUAUCGACCCCACCAACCUGCGGCGCUCCAGUGCAAUCAGCUCCAGUGCUGCUGCUGCAGCCGCGGCUCUGGAAGCCAGCAACUCCAGCAGCUACCUGACGUCUGCCAGCAGCCUGGCCCGGGCCUACAGCAUCGUCAUCAGGCAGAUCUCAGACCUCAUGAGUCUUAUUCCCAAGUACAACCAUCUAGUCUACUCGCAGUACCCUGCUGCUGUGAAGCUCACCUACCAGGACGCAGUCAACCUGCAGAACUAUGUUGAAGAAAAGCUGAUUCCCACCUGGAACUGGAUGGUGUCCAUCAUGGACUCCACUGAGGCCCAGCUGCGAUACGGCUCAGCCCUGUCGUCUGCUGGAGACCCGGGUCACCCCAGCCACCCGCUCCACGCCUCUCAGCACUCCGCUCGCAGGGAGCGAAUGACAGCCCGGGAGGAGGCCAGCCUCCGUACCCUGGAAGGACGCAGGAGAGCAGCGACCCUGCUGACAGCUCGUCAGGGCAUGAUGUCCGCGCGGGGCGACUUCCUGAACUACGCCUUAUCGCUGAUGCGCUCCCACAACGACGAGCACUCUGACGUGCUCCCUGUGCUGGACGUAUGCUCACUGAAACAUGUGGCCUACGUCUUCCAGGCUCUCAUCUACUGGAUUAAGGCCAUGAACCAGCAGACCACUUUGGACACCCCACAGAUGGACAGAAAGAGGAAUCGAGAGAUUUUGGAACUUGGUUUGGACAAUGAGGAUUCUGAACAUGAGAACGAUGAGGACACCAAUCAAAGUUCAACUCUGCAGGAUAAGGAUGAGGACCCUGUCCCAGCUGAAACGGGUCAGAACCACCCUUUCUUCCGUCGCUCUGACUCCAUGACUUUCCUGGGCUGCAUCCCACCCAACCCCUUUGAUGUUCCCUUGGCGGAAGCCAUUCCACUGGCAGACCAGCCCCACCUCCUGCAGCCUAAUGCCAGGAAGGAGGACCUGUUUGGUCGGCCCUCUCAGGGCUUGUACUCCUCUUCCUCCUCCGCCUCCGCCUCCUCCUCCUCCUACAUGGCAACCAAAGGCCUGGCUGAGGCGAGCAUGGACAGGAACUGCCUGGAGGUAAACAUGGGCUCCUCUCUACCCUCCCCCUCUCAGAUCCUGCCCACUAAGAUGUCUUACUCAGCCAACCUGAAAAAUGUGAUGAGUAUGGAAACUGGCCAGCGGAGCUCUGAGAACCAGUCGAUAGCAGAUCACGAGAUGGAGGCUUCAAAACCGGGCCCUUCACCCCACGACCUCGCUGCCCAGCUGAAGAGCAGCUUACUUGCUGAGAUCGGCCUCACUGAGAGCGAUGGACCCCCUCUCCCAUCAUUCAGACCUCACUGCAGCUUCAUGGGGAUGAUGAUCUCUCAUGACAUGCUGCUGGGCCGCUGGCGUCUGUCCCUGGAGCUCUUUGGUCGUGUCUUCAUGGAGGAUGUUGGAGCAGAGCCUGGAUCGAUCCUUACAGAGCUAGGCGGCUUUGAGGUAAAGGAAUCCAAGUUCCGCCGUGAGAUGGAGAAGCUGAGGAACCUGCAGUCCCGAGACCUGGCCCUGGAAGUGGACCGCGACCGAGACCAGCUUAUACAGCAGACCAUGCGUCAGCUAAACACACACUUUGGCCGGCGCUGCACCACCACACCCAUGGCCGUACACCGGGUGAAGGUCACCUUCAAAGAUGAGCCAGGCGAGGGCAGCGGAGUGGCCCGCAGCUUCUACACGGCCAUCGCCCUGGCCCUCCUGUCCAACGAUAAGCUGCCCAACCUGGACUGUGUGCAGAGUGUCAGCAAGGGCAUGCAGGCCAGCAGUACGUGUCAUCACGAUUACAAUUCAAAUCUAAUGCAGCGCUUGAGAAACAGAGACCGAGAAAGAGAGAGGAGAAGUGGAGGGCUUCGAGCGGGAUCUCGCAGAGAUAGAGACAGAGACUCAAGGAGGCAGCUGUCCAUAGACACCAGGCCUUUCAGACCAUCGUCAGAGGGAAACCCCAGUGAUGAGCCCGACCCCCUCCCUGCACACCGGCAGGCCCUGGGAGAGAGGCUCUACCCACGUGUUCACGCAAUGCAACCGGCGUUUGCCAGUAAGAUCACAGGCAUGCUGCUGGAGCUGUCCCCUGCCCAGCUGCUGCUGCUGCUGGCCAGUGAGGACUCUCUCCGAGCCAGGGUGGAGGAGGCCAUGGAGCUGCUCAUCGCACAUGGAAGGGAAAAUGGUGCCGACAGUAUAUUGGACCUUGGUCUAUUGGAGGCUCCAGAGAAAGCACAACAGCAGCAGGAGAAUCGUAAGCGCCAUGGUUCGACCCGCAGUGUGGUGGACAUGGAGCUGGACGACCCGGACGACGGGGACGACAACGCUCCUCUCUUCUACCAGCCCGGCAAGAGAGGCUUCUACUCCCCUCGGCCCGGCAAGAACACGGAGGCCAGGCUGAACUGCUUCCGCAACAUCGGCAGAAUACUGGGGUUAUGUCUGCUUCAGAAUGAACUCUGUCCAAUCACAUUGAACAGACAUGUCAUCAAAGUGCUGCUCGGGAGGAAGGUGAACUGGCAUGACUUUGCAUUCUUUGACCCGGUCAUGUAUGAGAGCCUGCGGCAGCUCAUCCGCCAUUCUCAGGCUGGAGAAGCAGAGGCAGUGUUCGCUGCCAUGGACCUCGCCUUCGCCAUCGACCUCUGCAAAGAGGAAGGGGCAGGACAGGUGGAGCUGCUGUCUGGCGGGGUCAACAUGCCUGUUACUCCUCUCAACGUGUACGAGUACGUGAGGAAGUACGCUGAGCACCGAAUGCUGGUGGUGGCUGAGCAGCCUCUCCAUGCGAUGAGGAAGGGUUUGCUGGAUGUACUUCCUAAAAAUGCCCUGGAGGACCUGACAGCUGAAGACUUCAGGCUGCUGGUCAACGGCUGUGGAGAAGUCAAUGUCCAGAUGCUCAUUAGCUUCACCUCCUUCAAUGAUGAGUCUGGGGAGAAUGCAGACAAACUGCUGCAGUUUAAACGCUGGUUUUGGUCCAUAGUGGAGAAGAUGAGCAUGACUGAGAGGCAAGAUCUGGUGUACUUCUGGACCUCCAGCCCGUCUCUGCCAGCCAGUGAGGAGGGCUUCCAGCCGAUGCCCUCCAUCACCAUCCGGCCUCCAGAUGACCUGCACCUCCCUACAGCCAACACCUGCAUCUCACGUCUCUACGUGCCACUCUAUUCUUCUAAACAGAUACUCAAACAGAAACUCCUGCUAGCCGUUAAGACCAAGAACUUUGGUUUUGUGUAGAGGUUCGACAGAGGAGUUUAAAAAAAAAAAAAGAAAAAAAACAUGUUUACUGUUGUGUAAUAUUUACCUAGCUCCAUUUUUGUAGAUUUAUUUUUUGUCUAUACAAUUUUAUGAAAAUCGACAUACUGUCGCUAUCUCCCCAGGCGGUAAUAUUUGUUUGUGUUGUGAACACGAACAGCUUGUUAUUUUUAUUUCAAUUUUUAUUGUUUUUUUUUCUUUGUGUUUAAUGAAGAAGAGGUAUACAGUCCAGAACAUUCCUGCAUUGGCACUGUAAAACUUAAAGCCCACAGCCCUGAUCUAUUGGCUUAAACUUUUGCUUCCCAGGAAUGUGGUUUGACAGAAAGCUGUCUGCCGAAACCCAGCCAAAGAUGACAGCAGUAGAAGUAUUUAAAAAAAGAAAAAGACACACUGUGAUUAUACGUUUUUUUCCUUCCCUAGAAAAGUACUAUCACUGACAGUUCACUGCUGCCUUUGUGGAAAGUCCUUUUUUUUCUUGUACAGGGGGAGUAGGGAAUUUCAAAAUAAACUUGGAUGCAAAUAA